UCGGUCGGCUGUUGAGCUACCGUACUGUCAGUACUCAUUCAACCAGGGGGUUGUGACAUAAAAAGACAGCUUACCAACCGCUAAAUGCACCUAACAAUUCUAUGUCCCUUCCAUGAACCAGCCGAUCACUGACGCAGUUUCCGCAUUUCGAAUGCCUACAGAAUCAUCCUCGCCGCGAAGAAGCAUCCGAGAAGGAGAGCUUGAGCCACAUACUGCGCACCAUAACGCCGCGAUCGACAUUGAGGGCGCUGAGAGUUUGAUGUCCCUUCACCAGCAACAGCAGGCCACAACACAUGUUGAUGAAGUUGAAGAGGAUUGGGAGAGCGUAAAAACUCAAAGAUCUCGCAACCGAGAUAAAAAGAGGAAACGGAUUGAUAACCACGGGAGAGAAGCUGAACAGACUUUGUCGAAGCUAGAACGAGAAGAGGUACAUGUUGAAGGAGUAAUUCGCCGAAGCAUGCAAAAGGCAUCCCUCAUGCUGAGCGAGGAUAUUAACUACCUCGCUGUAGUCGACAUCAACAGCUAUAUGAACACAUUAUCUAGACUUUUCAGAGCACUUGAAGCUCUGCAGAGCACGGACUGAAUUGAGUUGGUUGAAUAGCAAUAUAUACG